UGCCAUUUCUCCAGGACUACUUAAGAUCUAAGUUUAAGUCUUAGCAGUAAUUAGCAACAUGUGCAGUUAGACGUCAUUGCACUUUUUCAAUGGUUUUGUGUCUGUACGUCUAGAAGAAAUACAAAUAAUUUUGCAUAAUGAUUUUAAAACGUCUGUAUUAAAUAUCACGUCCAAUUGAUUUAGAUGUUAUCUUCAAAAACAAACAGAUUUUAUUCCCGGUUUUUUAAUUGGCCAACUGUCCAUCAUGAGAAUUCUGGGUAGUGAAGUCUUUCUUCCUUGUUAUUGUCACGUGAUGCUAACUGUAGCAGCAGCUCUGUAAACAGGCUUUACCAGCUAACAUGAUGCAGGGGAAGACUGUGAUAGUGACGGGAGCGAACAGCGGGAUCGGGAAAGCUACAGCAGCGGCGAUUGUGAAGCUCCAGGGCCGGGUGAUAAUGGCCUGUCGGGACCAAACCAGGGCGGAGGAGGCUGCCCAGGACAUCCGCCAGGAGACCGGGGCAGACGGCAGACAGGUCAUGGUCAAACAGCUGGACCUGGCCUCCUUGAGGUCUGUGCGCUCCUUCUGUGAAGACAUUAUAAAGGAGGAACCUCAGUUACAUGUUCUGAUCAACAACGCUGGAGUCUAUCAGUGUCCUUACACCAAAACAGAGGACGGCUUCGAGAUGCAGUUCGGGGUCAACCACCUCGGUCACUUCCUGCUUACCCACCUGUUGAUGGACCUCCUGAAACGCUCAGCACCCAGCCGCAUUGUGGUGGUCUCCUCCAAGCUUUACAAACACGGUGACAUUAACUUCGAAGACCUGGACAGUGAGCAGUUCUACGACAAGGCUUUUGCCUACAGUCGUAGCAAACUGGCAAACUUGUUGUUCACCUGCGAGUUGGCCCGCCGUCUGGAGGGCAGUGGAGUAACAGUGAAUGCUCUGACUCCAGGCAUCGUGAGGACUAACCUGGGACGGCAUGUGCACAUUCCGGUUUUAGCAAAGCCCCUUUUUAACCUGAUCUCCCGAGGCUUGUUUAAAAGCCCAGAGGAAGGAGCUCAGACUUCGGUGUAUUUGGCCUCCAGCCUGGAUGUUGACGGUGUGCAGGGAAAGUGCUUUGCAGAUUGUAAGCCUCUGGAACUUCUGGAUAAGGCCACAGAUCAGGAAGUGGCAUCAAAACUGUGGGACAUCAGUGAAGUCAUGGUGGGCAUAACGACUUGAGAACUGUCUGAGAUGCGCACGUUUUUCUUAGCAGGGUAAUGACUGAAACUGAAAGAUAUGCAAUGCCUUGGUUAUAUUUCCUUAACUUUUAGUUGUGGUGUUGAAAUAUCAAAAUGCUUUCUAUGUUUAUGGAGAUGUUUGUAUCCAUUUACAUGGUGGUUUGUUUGCAGCAUCUUGUUUCAGGUUCUAGAAUCUCUGUUUCAGUUCUUUUUUAAAUAAACUCCUAAGAUCAAAUGUUUAAAGUGUAACCUUUCUAACAGAGCUGUAGUAAUGAGUGCCCUGAGUUUCACUAGAAGUUGGAGGCCUGUAGAUUUUUUUUAUACUUUCUCUACAUUUUAUGUGUAAACCUUGAAAUAACAUGGUUGGGAUGUCCAUUCCUGAGAAGACUGACAGCUUUCUUGAAUGUUUUAAAAACGUUGUUUCUGUAAAAAAUUGACUUUAAAUACUUUGGAUAUGACCUUGUAACCCUUCUCUUAUCAAUCAACAGCAACAGUUGCUACUCUGUUGUUAUUGCUGAAGUUUUUCCACACUGUUCAAAUUCUUCUUUUUAUAGAGAUGGCCACAAAGAUGAUGGCUGGUCAAUCAAUACAUUUAAUCAGGAGCACCUGGCUGGUUUGUUCCCUCUUAAAUCCUCUACAUAGAAGCAGCAAGGGUGGGCUGGCCCAUGCUUUUUAUGCAGGUGCACAUAACAGAAUAAUUCUUAUUUACUUGCUUCAUUAGCAGCCUCCCUCAUCUAUACACGCCCCUAGAGGUUUGGAGAGGUUUUGCCUGUGGAGGGUCGCAUUUCAGAUAUCACUUUUCCCCCAGCAGGUUAGUUAGGCUUCAUUCAGCCAUACUGGUUGCUCUAAAAACCGGUCAUUAGCUGGGAAUGUUUGCUCUCCAAGUCACCCGAAAACAGCAGUUUUCUUUUUUUUUUUCCAAAUGGUAGCGGGACCUCCAGGAUUCAUGACUUUCCCACCUGUAUUGUUCAUUAGGACAUUUUCUGGAUCAUUUAUGGUGAGCUGGAAAACGAAGUAGAAACACAAAGGCAGCCACUUUAUCAACUUCAUCUCACACACAAUGCUCCUGGGCCACUUUUUAAGCAGCUCCAGUCUAUUUGUUUUACAAAUGACUCCAAUUAGUGUAAUUACAGAAUCUGAUGUUCUUAAUGGGCACUGUAAUAUUGAUAGGACCUUGAAUGCUACUUUAGAUCUGAGUAUUUCAGUCAGGCUCCUUAUCCAACACAUAAUGGAUAAAUUAAAGGAGCGCUAUGUCUGUUUGUUUCUGAGCUUCUGUUGGAAGGCUUUGCUCAUUAAUUCAUACACUGAGUUUUAUAAAAAAAUUUGUUUUUUUACAUUUUUGUAUUUUGGCAAGCAGAUCUUCAGUAAUUACUUUAUUUGUAAUUUUACUACCCCUUCACCCCCUCCUUUCUUAACAUCUUUUUUUUUGAAAGUUGCCAUUUUUGUCUUGUGUCAAAUCUGACCAAGAAUUCAGUCCUAUUAUUAUUCUAUUCAAUGCUAAAUAACUGGAAAACAUGAAAUAGUCCCUUCAGCAUUAAGGAAAGUCUUUUCCUCAGUUAGAUAAAUUUAAGUAUAUUGGAAAUAGCAGCAGAUGGAUCAACAGUUUGUCUGCAGUAAAGAGGGAGUUUCUCAAGUCUUUGAAUGAAAGAUGAAAGGAGGGGUUCUGAAUUAUUGUUCCAGGUCUAGUUCUUCAAUGUAAAUGCCAGAAAUAGCUUCCUCUGGAAUACAGGUGUCAAACUCCAUUCCUGUAACUUUUAGGUCAUGAGCACGACUCCGGAACUUGAGUGCAUGAUGGUGAGGUGAUUGACAUUUAAAUCAAGUGUGUUGGACUUGGGAUACAUCCUAAAGUGACUGAUCACUGUCCCUCAAGGCUCUCGAGGAUUUGCGUUUGCCACUUCUUCUCUGGAAAGUGGCCAAGGUCUCAGAUAUAUUGAGGACCGCUAUCUUCUGCGGGGAUCACGGAGUAAAGCUGCUGAUUUUCCAAGUUGAAAGCAGACUGAUGAGGUGAAUUGUGACUUCCAGAACUACAUUCUUACAUGUAAACAACAACUUAUUGUGGAGCAAAUCCGGAUAAUAAUAUAUGGGAACAUCAACUUUUAUAUUUUAAAAUGGAUAAAAAUAUCACAGUUGUACCUUUUUUCAUUGGUUGGGAAUUUGAACAAUAGCCUGAUUAGAUAUACCAGCCUUACCCAAAAGCGUCUGAAAUAUAUCAGUACUGACAUUAAUAAGGCUUGUAGUCGCAUGUAGUUACAACCUCAUUCACCUCAAAAAAGAUGUAGGGUCAAGGUGCCUUGUCAGCACUUAUAGGGAAUACAUUACCGGGCCUGGGUUUUGACGUCAUUAUCAGGAGAAAUACAGACAACUGUCUGCUCAGGUGUGGAAGGAGCAGCACUAUCUCACUGGCAUGGAGUCGCAAUGUGAUAAAGAUAAAAAACUAAUUUGUCAAUAAUAGUCUUUUCUAUGCUUUUAAGCCUGCAGUCCAUUAAUUGCACAUUUACUUUAGAAAUCGUUAUGCAGAGGUCAUUAAUCUUUAAUAGAACACAUAAAGUAGACUUAAGUGUAUGUAUUUAUUGUGUAAAUAUGCAAUAUUUAUGUGUGGUACUUGGAGUGGUCAGGAGGCAUUAGUGGAAGAUAUACAUCAUCUUGGUUUUAAUAAAACUAAAGGGAUUUCAGGUGAACUUGAGGCAAUAGAGUACAAGGGCUUAAGGGGCUGUUUUCUAUUUUAUGUUGAGAAUGCGAUCAAGGAUAGAAAUCCUGGGACAUCAUGCACUAUGGUAUUAUAAUCAAUCGUACAAGUGUUUACUUGAUUUUUAGACCUACAACUACAUCCGAUUAUCUCUGAGCAAUGCUGACCUUCUGAUGUUUUUUCUCUGGUUGUUGGCUGCAGCCCUACCACAACAUUGGUUACAUUUCACUGUAAGGAAUUUUCUCUGAUGGUUUUCAACAAAACAAUUCCAUUUCACUUGGGGUACAUGUCCGAGAGACCUGCUGAAGUCAUGCAUAAAUUUAAGCACAAUUGUAGUUCCCUGCUGGAUACUCAGAACCCUGGUCAUGCAGGAAUUAAAUACUGUCAGUGUUUUCUAAUGUUCAAGUUCAAGUUGCAUUACUGAUGAAUAAAUUGCAUUCUUGUGGAGAUUUU